UUGAUGGAUUAAUGCUAAGCAGCUCCCUCUUCCAAAGCACCACCUGAUCUUUGGGGCUUGUGCCCCACAUAUAAAAGGCUGCAGUAGUGCUGAGCUCAGCUAGUCCAGCCAUCUCUCUCUCUCUCUGCCUCUCUUUCUCCUUCGCCACUUUCUGUCUUCCUCUCCAUCCUCCCUGUCCUCUGCUUUCUGUCUCUCUGCUGCUGCCUUUACUACAUUCUCUCUUUCCUUCUGUCUUUAAAUCUUGUCCACAAUUUAUUGUUAAUCUUUUUUUUCUCAAUCCUCCACUGUUUGGCCUGUGCAAGAAGGCCGCCUGGAAGCUCAGUACAUUUCUGCUCUUUUCUUUUUUCUUUUUUUUCAUCAUCAGCCUGUUCACAUUUUUCUAUGAGGCUCUAGCAUCAGUUUUUUUUCUUAAUCAGGGAAAGAAAAUGCCACGUUCCUUUUUGGUGAAGCAGCCGAAGGUUCAUGAUUUCUCGUCUUCCAACUACUACCACCAGCACCAGCAGCACUGGGACGACUCUUAUACUGUGACACAUGCCAUCACAGAGUCUGCCACCAACUUGGCGGUGCGUUUGAGUGAAAAUGGCUACAUCCAUGAUUACAUCAUCCCCUCGGUGUUGCAGAACACAAAGGAGCCGGGUCAUGAGCAGACCGGGCUCUCCUCUGUGCCCCUGUACUCCCCAGGUGGCAGUGGCGGGGAAGAGUUCUCUGACCAUGACAUGGAGCAUCCAGACAGUCCCAUCUCCAGUGGCACAGUUGAGUCAGACAGUAGUGGCCCUGAAUUGGAGUCAUGUGGCAUAAAUGCUUUCCUCAUCUCUGAUGGCCGUUCUCGCCGGAGGCCUAACCAGAGGUAUCCUCACAAGGGAGGCAGCCAAUCGGACAGCAGCGAGGGUGUUGGCUCAGCAGACAGCAGCCCCACCAAGGGGAAAUCCAAAGGGCGCCAUAUGUGCGGCGAGUGUGGAAAGUCUUACGCCACGUCCUCCAAUCUGAGCAGACACAAACAGACUCACCGCAGCCUGGAUAGCCAGCAGGCAAGGAAGUGUCCCACCUGCCACAAAGUGUACGUGUCCAUGCCAGCAUUGGCCAUGCACAUGCUGACCCAUGACCUGAAGCACGAGUGCACGGUCUGCGGCAAAGCCUUCAGUCGACCCUGGCUCCUGCAGGGCCACAUGAGGUCCCACACUGGGGAGAAACCAUUCGCCUGUGCCCAUUGUGGAAAAGCCUUUGCUGACCGCUCCAACCUGCGCGCACACAUGCAGACGCACUCAGCCUUCAAGCACUACUCCUGUAAACGCUGCCACAAAAGCUUCGCACUCAAGUCCUACCUGAACAAGCACUAUGAGUCAGCCUGUUUCAAAGGGCACCAACCAGAGGAUGACUUCAGCUCUGAGGACUGAUUGGGAAAUAUUCCUCUCCUUCAUUUCUAUUUAUACACUUUUUAAUACAAGAAAAUCUGAGAAAAGCUUGCCACUUCCCAGGCUUGUCUAAUGCAUGCAUCAUAAUCCUGCCUUUUGAUAUAAGCAAUAACCUCACUUGAAAUUAUUCAGGAAUUAUGUAUGAAAUUCAUAAAAAUCUCAGUGUUUAUCACAAAUAUAAAAUAUUUUAUAUUGUUUUUUAUAAAUUGAAUUGCAAUAAUUUACAUGCCAGUAUUAUUUUAUAUGUCAACUAGCUCUUAAUUUACCUCAAACAUAUCUUAUUUGUUAAAAAAAAUGUAUUUGUGUAAUUAUUAAUUUAUUUAACUAUUUAUUUGCCAAUUCUGAAGAUUAUUUAUUUAUUAUUGGUUGAUGUAUUUUUGAAUUUAACAUAACUUAAUUUGAAGCCAUGUAUUGGAUUUGUUGUAAACAAAAGCCAAAAUAUAUUCUGACACUCUAUAUUUGUCUGUCUGAUCAAUUUGGUGAUGACAAUAAAACAGAUGAAAAUAAAUCAUUACUAAAACUCCA